AUGCCAAGGACCCCUAGCCUGCAGUGCUAUCACCGAAUCAGGCGAUCAACAGUCCAAGGCUGGGUUUUGGUGAUAACCAAGGUAUUCAGAGCAGAUACUCUCCAAGCAGGAGCCUUUCUAGUGCAACAUGCAAUCAGUCUACCAUAUAUGCCUGGAACGACAGUCUACGCCAUAACUGCAGCCCCUGUGUUGAACUACACGACUGUUGCAGAAAUCGCCAACCCACAAAGCGACUACAACGCCACCAUCAGCUUCUGCAAUGUGACCAUUAGCUAUGGACAUCAAGGCUGGUAUGACAACGUGACCGUCACAGUCUGGCUCCCGUUGUACGGCUGGACAGGACGUCUGAGUGGCAUUGGAGGUGCCGGGUUUUCUUCUUUGUAUUCGUUCACUCGCUUCGCACCUUCUGUGGACAUCGGCUGGGCGGCUGUUGCCACUGAUGCUGGACACGACCACCUUCCACUUACUGCCGAUACGUGGGCCCUAGACCCUGCUGGAAGAGUCAAUUAUUUCCUGCUCGAAAACUUCUUUGCCUCUUCCCAGGACGAAGCUGCGAGAAUUGGCAAGAAAGUCUGCCAGGACUUGUACGGUGAACCGCCCCACAAGUCUUAUUGGGAUGGUUGUUCUACCGGCGGUCGACAAGGUAUGCUUCUAGCCCAGCGCUAUCCGGAUGCUUAUGACGGCAUCCUCGCCGGAGCACCAGCCAUAAACUGGGCUACAUUUGUGCCUGGAAUGUACUACCCACAGUUUGUGAUGAACCAGGCUGACUAUUACCCGCCCACCUGUGUUUGGGAGGCCAUGAACAAUGCGACCAUCGAAGCCUGCGACAGCCUUGAUGGCGUCACGGAUCAUAUCUUAUCGUUGCCUGGGGAAUGCGGCUUCGAUCCCCACACAAUGGUCGGCACAUCCAUCAGCUGCGAUGAAGGCACUGUCACUAUCAAUACUGAGGACGCCGAGUUGAUGGUGAAGUUUUGGGAGGGGCCUCAAUAUCCUGAUGGGUCAUCUAUCUGGUACGGCAUGAACAAAGGCACGUCGCCAUUCGACCUUGCCAACACGACCUGCUCUGGCCUAAAUUGUACCAGUGGUUUCCCUUUCACGAUUGCUUCGGAGUGGAUUAGUCUGUUUGUGCUCCAGGAUACGACUUACGAUCUCACCGCCUUGGGUGCUGACGGUUUUGCGGCAGUGAUGAACCUUUCCAUCAGCGCACACAGGGCUCUUACCAGUACAGACAGCCCAGAUCUGUUCAAUUACCGGCAGACAGGAGGCAAGAUCCUACACUGGCAUGGACUGGCCGAUCAGCAGAUCUAUCCAACCGGAUCUGAGCAGUACUACAAGCAAGUAGAGGCCCGCGAUCCAGCAGUCCGCGACUUCUACCGAUUCUUCGAAGCACCUGGUGUGAAUCAUUGUGGUAUUUCAGCGCCCAGUGGCUAUGGAUUAUUCCCAGAAGAUCUUAUGAGUGUAUUGGUGAAGUGGGUCGAAGACGGUACAGCACCCGAUGUGCUGCUGGCUUCUACUCUUGAUGGUAGUCAACAACGCAACCUUUGCCCUUGGCCCCAGGUUCCAGCCUACCAAGGCGGAGAUGCAGCGGUGGCAGCUUCGUUUGAGUGUGCAGACAGCUACUAGAAAGAGGCUGAAGCUGUUCAACGGCAUCAACUGCCGAACACCAAACCGACCUCGCCGACGGCAUCAACUGCCGUAUAACUUAUGCCACAAUUACCACCCAACAAUGUAUCACGCGGCCAGUUUUGGGUCACGGCUGUCAGAAAAUAAGGACGGAACCGUACAUAUAGAGAGGCUUCGAGUACGUAGAAUUGG